AUGUUGCCCCCGUCGCGGACGCAGCUGGGGCUUUUCUUCAUCCUGCUCUGCCCGGCCAACAUCAUCGGGCUGUGGUGGGCAGUGGGCAGCCCAUUGGUCAUGGAUCCCAACAGCAUUUGCCGGAAGACCAAGCGGCUGGCUGGGAAACAGGCAGAGCUGUGUCAGACGGAGCCUGAGAUUGUACAGGAAGUAGCCAAGGGUGCCAGACUGGGGGUGCGUGAGUGCCAGUAUCAAUUCCGCUUUCGUCGCUGGAACUGCACCAGCCACAGCAAAUAUUUUGGCAAGAUCCUACAGCAGGAUAUCCGGGAGACAGCCUUUGUCUAUGCCAUCACGGCAGCUGGAGUGAGCCAUGCAGUUACCCAGGCCUGCAGCAUGGGAGAGCUGUUGCAGUGCGGAUGUGAGGCAACUCGGAGUCGGACACCUCCCCUGCCCUCUGCCAUUACAGGAUCAGAGAGUUCUGCCUGGGAAUGGGGCGGCUGUGGGGAUGAUGUUGAUUUUGGCUAUGAGAAAUCCCGCCAGUUCAUGGAUGCUAAGCGCAGGCGUGGCAAGAGCGAUAUUCGAGCCCUUAUCGACCUGCACAACAAUGAAGCAGGACGCCUGGCAGUGAAGAAUCACAUGCGGACAGAGUGUAAGUGUCAUGGGCUUUCCGGUUCCUGCGCCCUACGAACCUGCUGGAAGAAGAUGCCCCCUUUCCGGGAGGUGGGUGACCGCCUACUUGAACGCUUUAACGGGGCUUUUAAAGUGAUGGGUGGCAACGAUGGCAAAACACUCAUCCCUGUGGGCCGGAACAUCAAGCCACCAGACCGGCAGGACCUCAUCUACUCUGCGGACUCACCCGAUUUCUGUGUUGCUAACCGCAAGACAGGUUCUCUGGGCACACGUGGGCGAGUGUGCAACAGCACUGCCAUGGACGUGAGUGGCUGUGACCUGUUGUGCUGUGGACGUGGCCACCGGGAUGAGACUCUACUCUUGGAAGAGAACUGCCUCUGCCGCUUUCAUUGGUGCUGUGUGGUACAGUGCCGGAAGUGCACAGUGCGCAAAGAGCUCAGCCUCUGCAUCUGA